AUGGUGUCUGAAAACGUGCUGAGGCUGUGCAGAGCUCCCGACACAGUCAGUUCGCUUCUUGCAGCAAAUCCGACAGAGCCGCCUGGAAAAUUCGUGGAGCAACUAUACGGAAAUCUCGACAAAGACCUCCGUCGCAACCCAGACGAUGAUAGACCGCUGCCAGAUCCUGCGACACUGGACUUGGCCCUACAAUGUGGCCAGUGGGGUCCUACAACACCGAGCCCUUUGUUCCUCCAGGCAUUUGCAGACUCUCUCCGAUGUCUCGAUGCAGAUCCUUUGUCCAACGUGGUGUCUCCUCCGUUGAUAGGCUCUCAUGGAACGGUGCCGUUGACUGCUAUUGCGCCUCUGGUGGACAUCAUUCGCCAUGUUUCUAAUGUCAUUGUGCGGGCUGAGACCGAGGUCAUUUUUAUAACUUGCAACUGGGCGCCUUCGGUUGCCCAGAGACUCAUUAGAAACUCACUUAUUGAGCUGUCCAGACGAGCUGGAGAAAGGAAACAGCGGGUGGUGGUGAAAAUGAUGUACGACAAAGCAACACCGGCCAGUGCGCUUGAUCCGCAUCAGCGCGUGAAACCGUCCACUUAUACUUCAAAGAAUGUUCAACUGCCUGCUCCUGAAGAGGUGCCCAACUUGGAUAUGGAGGUUGUAAGCCUGCAUAAAAUGGUUCUAGGUACUCUACAUGCCAAAUUUUGCGUGGUCGAUCGCAAACUCGCGGUAGUUAUGAGCAACAACAUGGAGGACAACGCCAACGUGGAGAUGAUGACGCAUCUGGAGGGACCUAUUGUUGACAGCAUAUACGACUCGGCUCUCAUUACAUGGAAGCAUCAACUGGAUCCUCCUCUCCCGUCAAGUAAUUCUCCAGCAGCCGCAGGUGGACUACCAACAUCUAGCCAAGAGCCUCUUUACCUAAAUCGGGGAAGUGGUAUAGAUCAACAGCGCAUCGCAGCAGCUGGCCAGGCGCAACCGACUCUUCCAGAACAUACGCCGGAAGAUCCUCACUAUGACGAUGACUUAAUUGGAGAAAUCGCGCGAAUGCAAUCAUGCUAUUCCACCAAAGAGGGCGAAACCCGACUUCAGGCUGCAAAUCGCCAGCUCAAUCUUGCCAUCAAGAGCCCAAUUCCGCCCACAGGCCCUGAAAUUCCUGACGGCCACGAAAUGACACCCUAUAUAGCAACUUCAACGGAAUAUCCAGUCCCUAUAGCCCUGGUGUCACGCCCACCUUAUGGAAAUGUCGACUCUAAAAACGUCUUUGUGCCGCAAAACGAGGCCUGGCUUUCUCUUAUACGCAAUGCUCAAAAGAACAUCUUUAUCCAAACACCAGAUUUAAAUGCUGCGCCACUCAUUCCAGCACUAGCUGCGGCGUUGAAACGCGGCGUUGAAGUCACGUAUUAUGUGUGCUUCGGAUACAAUGAUGCCGGAGAGGUUAUUCCAAGCCAAGGAGGAACAAAUGAACAAGCUGCGCGAAGCCUGCUUUCUCUCCUUCCAAAAGAUGGCCCAGAGCGUGAAUUAUUACAUAUAUUCGACUAUGUUGGCAAAGAUCAAGAUCAUCCAAUUCAUCAAAGCUUCAGAACUAGAACUUGUCACGUAAAGCUUCUUAUUGCGGAUGGCAGUGUUGGAGUACAAGGGAGCGGCAACCAGGAUACGCAAUCUUGGUUCCAUAGCCAAGAAAUUAACAUCAUGGUAGACAGUCCUGAAAUAUGUUUAAAAUGGAGAGAUGGGAUCGAGAGGAACCAAAACACAAGUCUCUUUGGGCGAGUGUCAGGGGAUGGAGUGUGGAGAGAUCAAAGUGGAAAGCCAGGAGAGGGAUAUAUGGGUGAUCCUAAUGCGGUAGAGGGGUUGUUCAAAGGCGUAUGGGGGAUGUAUCAGAAGAUGCGGCGUGGUGGUUAA